UGCCUGAGCGCUCAGAAACACGCCGCUGUAUUUCAGAGACAAACACAACUCUCGGCGCGCGGUGUCGAGCUCGGAAACUUUCACCGCGCGUAUCAAUGUGAGAGUGGACCUCGAUGUGAAUCACCAUGGAACAAGAGGAGAGCAAAAUCUCGGUGUGGGUGUGCCGGGAGGAGAAGCUGGUGUCCGGACUGUCCAGGCGCACCACCUGCGCGGAUGUAGUGAAAGUGCUGCUGGAGGACCAGAACUUCCAGAAAGGCGCGAUGCUCACCGGUCCUCCGCAGUCCUACUGCAUCGUGGAGAAAUGGAGGGGGUUUGAACGGAUUCUGCCGAACAAAACCAAAAUCCUGCGGCUGUGGAGCGCCUGGGGCGACGAGCAGGAGAACGUGCGCUUCGUCCUGGUCAGGAGCGACGCGUCGCUGCCCAACAGCGGACCGAGGAGCGCGGAGGCGCGGGUCGUGCUCAGCAAAGAGAGCCCUUGCGCUACCAGAGCCACCAUGCAGAUUUCACAGGAAAAGCAGCGGAGGAUUGUGCGCAAGGCUUUUAGAAAGUUGGACAAAAUCAAUCGGAAGAAAGAGGAGGCUUCGAAAGACAAGUCAUCUGCGGAGAAAAUGGAAACGCUCGUCCAUCUCAUUAUUUCGCAGGACCAUACUAUCCGACAGCAGAUCCAGCGAAUAAAAGAGCUGGAUGGUGAAAUCGAGAGGUAUGAAUCGAAAGUUCACUUCGACAGAAUGAAAAUACACGGCGUGAAUUACGUGCAGGACACUUAUUUGCUCGACCAAGGCUUGGACGCAGACUCCAGCGCGCAUCCGGACGCGUCCUUUGCGCAGUUUGAGGAAUACGCGUCACGCUGCGACCAAGUCAUCCAACUUCAGGAGGAACUGGCAGAGAGGGAGGCUCUGAUGGAGAUACUCGCAGGCGAAAUACAAGAAGAACUCAACCACAGGUGGAUGAGACGGCGACAGGAGGAGCUUUCCAACAAAGACGCGGAGAGCGGUGGAGAAGAAGCGGCUCUCAAGGUGACUUCGGUCCCCGAGGAGCCGGCCCCGGCGGUGCCGGACAUCCUGACAGACAAUGACCUCCAGUUAGAGGAGGAGAGGAUCAAAACACAACUGGAUACGAGUUUAUACAUCGGGCUGCGCUUGAACACCGACCUGGAGACGGUGAAGAGCGACUUGGAUAUGAGUCAGGAGCUUUUGGACGCGAAGGAAAAGGAGCUGAGGGAAUUACUCGAAAAGGUUCACCGACUGGACGAGCUGGAAGAGAAACAGGCGGAAGACGGCAAAGAUGAUGGGGAAACGGAACAAAUGCCUUCCGUAGACAAUGUUUGGGUAGAGCAGGCGAGGGGACUGUCCAAAACGUGCACCAACGAUGAUGAUUCGGACACAGGACUGAGUUCAAUGCACAGCCAGGACUCGGAUAACGCACCUGUUUGCGAGUCACUUGUGUGACGAGACGAUUCAGUACGACGCGAACUCAGGGAACAAUUCGCCUCUAUUGAUUUCACCAAUGGUCUCUCUUUAUAAGAGAGGAGCGCAUGUAAAUGAUACCAGUGUAGUGUUAUGAUCGCCUCACUUAGGCUAUACACACGGAGAAUAGCUUGUGCAGCUUACCAAAUUAUAACGAAUUAACCAAUGCAUAGACUGAGAUGUCCACUGUGUGCUGACUAAUCGCAAUACCAACAGUAUGUGUGUGUUUUCCGUAGCCUUACGCGUAAAAGCUAAGAGUUUUGUGGGCUUUUAUUUCUUCCCGAAAUACUGAUGACUCAUCCCGCACUACACUGAUUUUUAUCUAAUCAGCUCAAAAAUGAAAACUGGAGCCUUUCAAUAUGCUCCACCCUCGCUUCCUUUCUAACAGGAAAUGCAAAGGAAAAAAUCUGACGCUACAAAGGUCGCAUGCGGUGCCGGGGGCGGGGCAUUCUGAUCUUACAUCUGAUUGGAUAAAAUGAGUCAUCAGUAUUUUUGGUCAGUUUUACCAUAAAGAAUUAUUAAAAAAAAAAAAAUUAAUAGACCCACAAAACUCUCAUUUUUAUUUUAUGGGGUCUCGACAAUUAUUUAUUGUACGUCAUUUAGGCAGAUCAAUUAUCUGCAUCGAGCAGCUAUGUGCUAAUCGCUUUCAUGUUCUUCAGCUGACUAAUUAGAAUGAAUGUGAGCCAUCUUUUACUCCAGGAAUCAAUUUGCAUAACCAGAAAACAUCCUGAGCUGUGGGAAAUGAAGUUGUGGGAAUCAAAAGGUGCGUCCGACGUGCCGCUGUUUAUACUUCUGAGGAGCUGAUGCGUGAAUCCCUGUUUGCUCUCAGUAAAGAGAAAACGAAACAAUUUCAACUAAACGGCUCCAAUUAAACCAGAUGUACAGUCUUCUAGACAUACCGGAAUUUGCUGUCAAGUCAUUUAUUUUUUUCUUCAUAAACUUUCAUUCUUUUAAGGGACCUUUUAGUAUCAAAUUAUCAUUUUGUCACUGACUAAUCUCAUACAAUACAUAUGAUUUCUUUCUUGCAACUAAUACUUUUGGAAUGCUGUCGUGGCAUUUCGUCUACAUUUGGGGGCAAAUUAUUAUUGAAAUGAUAUUAUAAUGAUAUUAUGAUAAUGUCUUUAUGCAAAUUAGAAUGAACAUAGAAACUAAACUGCUCCAAUCGAGCUUUAAAAUGAAGAGUAGUGCAAAAGCCAUUCUAAAACAGUCGUAUACUCCCUUAAAACAUGCCAGAAACUGUAUAUUUUGCUCCAGUAUGACCUCAGCAUCAUAACCAACGCAGACUUUCUUAAGUUUGGGCAGGGCAUCCAUCCAGCGCAAUGCAGCAGAGUCACCGAGUUCAGGGAUUCUGUGCUGUAUGAAGAGGAUUUAAGAGUUAAGCCUUAAAUGUGAUGUUUUAAAACAGAGGAAGAAAAGGAAAAGAUCCGCCCUCCCACUUCAAUUCUCAACUGAGUUUUUAAAGAUGAAUUAUGACAUUUGGAAAAGCCCUAAUAUGUCAGCUCCCAGAUAAAAGAGGCAAUUGUAUGUUUAAAAAAAAAACAAAGCGCUUUAUGUUCCAUCUCUGCAAAUCUUAAUCAUAUAAACAUCUAAUUAAAGUUGAAUAGAAGUCCUCUGUUUAACAUCUAAGAUUUAUGCUCUAAAAUAGUUUAUUUAUGAUAAAUAAUUAGCCAUUUAAAAUGAGGCAAAUCCAUCAGAAGUCAUAUAAAAGGGGAAAAUUCUGGGACUGGCAGCAGUGAGUUCUGUGAUUAAAGUCGAAGAGGAGGAGGAGGAGGGGGACAGAUGAUAAAGCGCCAUUAAUCUGGAUUGGAUUGAACCAUUUCAAAUAAACAACAGCUCUGACGGGUUUGGAAGAGAUUCAAGAACAGCUGGACAAGCAGGGAAGCACAGCGCGCCAAUGUGGGACAAACAGCGGCCGUGUUGAAUCAGGCGACACGCUGACAAUGACAUUCAACAAAACCUUCAGGAUUAUUCUUGGAAUCGCAAGAACUGCUGUAUUGUACAAAUGUGGAUCUGAUGUUGCCAUUAUUUAUUGUCCUGUUUAUCUGUGUAAAAUAAAAGCAGGGGAUUGUGACGAUAA